AUGCUGUGUGAUGCAGACGCACGUACCUUAGUGGUGCAACUGGCCCUGAAUCACCUCAUCAGAGGCUAUGCUCUGCAGCGUAUCCAGCAUGCAUUCCAGUGCGACCCUUCUUCCGCCGGUGACUCCCUGGUCGUCCCCGGUUCUGCCUCCCCAUGCGUCGAGUCUUGUCGAGACGAAUUUUGCUACCGCUUAGUGGUCACCGACCCUGCCGGCUUCGAGAAGGCACCGGUCUUGGACAAUAUGGAUUUCACGGACAUUGUUUAA